GGUUAGUGUCUUUAUCUUGUCCCGUGUAAUUGACAAAUUUAGAUCUGAGUCCCCUUAGUGUUCAGACUAUAGAGUAUCUGAUUUGGAUUGAAGGGUCAACUUUGAGUAAUGGCGAACGACAUGAACCUAAGCUCUCGAACCCCAAACCCUCUGCUCUUGCUCCUAUGCUUCACCACACUUUUGCUCCUACGUACCGAGGCUGUAUGGUUAACUAUUCCUAGUAAGGGAACCAAGUGCAUGUCCGAGGAAAUCCAGUCACACGUCGUCGUUUUAGCCGAUUACUAUGUUGUCGCCGAUGAUGUCAAGGGUCACCCGCUUCAAACUAUUUCUGCCAAGGUCACAUCCCCUUAUGGAAAUACUCUUCACCAGAAUGAAAAUGUUACCCACGGUCAGUUUGCAUUUACAACUACCGAGACUGGGAACUACGUGGCGUGUUUUUGGCUGGAUAACAAACAUCAAGAAGGUGCAGGAGAAACCACACUCAGCCUUGAGUGGAAAACUGGAAUCGCUGCCAAAGAUUGGGACUCUGUGGCAAGAAAAGAAAAGAUAGAGGGUGUUGAACUUGAGCUGAGGAAACUUGAAGGGGCUGUGGAAGCCAUCAGAGACAAUCUGAUAUAUUUGAAGAACAGGGAAGCAGAGAUGAGGGAAGUGAGUGAAGCAACGAAUGCUAGAGUGGCUUGGUUCAGUAUCCUUUCCCUUGGGCUCUGCAUUUUUGUUUCGGUGUUUCAAGUGUUGCAUCUGAAACGCUUCUUUGUGAAGAAGAAGCUCAUAUAGAUAUUGCUUUCUUAUGACACUUACCCACACCAAAUUGUUUUAUCAAGUUCUAGAGAUAACUCCUACGUUGUAUAGUUUUUCUUCUUGUGGAUCCUUUAAUGUGUCAUUGGGUUUUGUGGGUUGCCUCUGCGAGGGCUUUGGUGGGCGUUACUUGCAUAUUUGCUGAAUUGGAGGGUUUGGUUCUUUCUUGGGGCUAAACGAAUGGUGUCUGAUUUUGAUAAUUGAGUAUCAACUAUAUGAAUUCCUUCGUCAUUAUGGCAAUUGGAAAAACGAAAAAGCAUUCAGAGUUCAAAAUAUUUGUUACAAAUGAUUUCCCAUGAAAAGGACUGAUGUGCCCUGUUUUUAAAGAAGGGAUAGACUACAAUUUAGGAAAAUGUUGAGUAACGCAAUGUGUUAUUGAUGAAAAGAAACAAUCAAUGUAGAGAGCUGUGGGUUAAA